AUGCCUAGGCGCCUGGAUGGACGCCUUCUUUUCGGGUGUGGCCCAUGUAGGCCGAAAUGGGUAAAGCUCGUUGACAAUAUUUACACUGGAAAUCAUUCGGAAGGAAUAGAUAAAUUAGUAUGCCAUUGUGCAAGGAAACCAGACAAGUUGGAUAAUAUUGCUAAAUAUCUUCACAAAAGGUUAACUUCUGAUCUUCAUCACCGAAAUUAUGCAAAUGUUAAUAUCACUAUGGAAGCUAUCAGUGCUUUAGUUAACACCUGUUAUCGCCUUAAACUCAAUCUUUUCGAUUCCUCUUUCUUGAAAAUGGUGUUGCAGUUAUUAGAAGAAGAUUUACCAGAGCUUCAACUCCUUGGAACAAAAUCGUUUCUUGCAUUUUCACAAAUCGAAGAAGAUGCGCCCAGUUAUCACAGGGAAUAUGAUGAUUUGGUCGACCAUUUCACCAGAAUGGCUUACUCAAAACUCCCAAAUGAAAUUGAGAGGAAAAAAGUUCGAGUAGCCGGAAUAAAGGGUCUACAAGGAGUUGUACGGAAAACUGCUCGAGGUCAGUUGCGAAUGAAUGCUCUGCAGAUUAUGGAGAAAAUAAUUCCAGCUCUCCUUUUCAACAUCCACGAAAGACCUCCGAAUGAUGAUGAGGCUGAUGAAUCUGAUCCGGGUUGUCAAGCUGUCUUUGUUUUUAAAGAUGUCGUUUGCCGAGCCUCUUUCACAAACCUUAUCCCUGUUGUAUCUGCCAUGAUAACCCACUUUGAUAACCAUCGAAUUUGGGUUCCAAGCGAUUUUCCACUCCUUGUCUUUGGCUAUUUAUUGGAUUCAAUCAAAAAUAUGCAAGUCGCCCACAAUCUUGUAAAGGAAUUAAUUAAGUAUCUCCGUAAAAAUGAUAACAGACUUACCACUCUUCAACGAAUCUCUGUUGUCAUGGUUAUUGAUAAAACAGUUAUUACGCUUGCCAAAGGUGCUAUUGGUCCUGACGUCUUUCAUAAUUUCAAGGCUCUCCUACAGAUUCUGCGAUCCAGUAUCGAGAAGACCACAAGGGGAGUUGGAGCAGAGGAACAACGUUUCCAUGACGCAAUUAUGAAUACCAUCGCUGAGUUCGCUAAAAAUCUCCCAGACGCUCAGAAAAUUGAGAUCCUUAAGUUUAUUCUUAAUUUUGAUCCCUUGCCAAGUGGUCGAUCGAAUAGUAAAGAUUACUCAAAACCAAUGGUUAAGGUGCUUGUGAAAACUAUGUUGACAGUCGCUACUCAAUACCAGACUGUGGCCAUUUCGAAUGCCAUCGAUUCAGAUUUCCUACGACUUCUACUCCACGGAGUUGCUAUGGAUCCUGAUGCUCCCAUUAGAGUCUAUGUUCAGAAGAUCCUCCAUGCUCUUAUUGAUAGGCAUAAUAACGCCCCGAAACUUCUCAAAGUCAGAAUUUACCUUCCGGAUGAAGUGAUGAACGUCUACACUUGGGAGAAGCCUUCUCGACAGGAUAUCCUGUUCAUGAAAAAGACCGGCUACCUGUUGACGGAGAAUGUGUACCAACAAAUGCAGGACUCUUCAAACAAAGUGGACAAUCUGGAACACCUCAUGUGCACUGUUGGUCUUAUCGCCCUGGAGAUGGGUGCUGAGGAGGUGAGUGUCAAACGCAAAUCUUAA